AUGGCGUCCACACCGCCCUCAGUACCGGCCAUGGCGUCCACACUGCCCCCAGUACCGGCCAUGGCGUCCGCACCUCCCCCAGUACCGGCCAUGGCGUCCACACCGCCCCCAGUACCUGCCAUGGCGUCCACACCGCCCUCAGUACCGGCCAUGGCGUCCACACCGCCCUCAGUACCGGCCAUGGCGUCCGCACCGCCCCCAGUACCGGCCAUGGCGUCCGCACCGCCCCCAGUACCGGCCAUGGCGUCCGCACCGCCCCCAGUACCGGCCAUGGCGUCCGCACCGCCCCCAGUACCGGCCAUGGCGUCCGCACCGCCCCCAGUACCGGCCAUGGCGUCCGCACCGCCCCCAGUACCGGCCAUGGCGUCUGCACCGCCCCCAGUACCGGCCAUGGCGUCCGCACCGCCCCCAGUACCGGCCAUGGCGUCCGCACCGCCCCCAGUACCGGCCAUGGCGUCCGCACCGCCCCCAGUACCGGCCAUGGCGUCCGCACCGCCCCCAGUACCGGCCAUGGCGUCCGCACCGCCCCCAGUACCGGCCAUGGCGUCCGCACCGCCCCCAGUACCGGCCAUGGCGUCCGCACCGCCCCCAGUACCGGCCAUGGCGUCCGCACCGCCCCCCAGUACCGGUCAUGGCGUCCGCACCGCCCCCAGUACCGGCCAUGGCGUCCACACCGCCCCCAGUACCGGCCAUGGCGUCCACACCGCCCCCAGUACCGGCCAUGGCGUCCUCAGUACCAGUUAUGGCGUCCACACCGCCCCCAGUACCGGCUAUGGCGUCUGCACCGCCCCCAGUACCGGCCAUGGCGUCCGCACCGCCCCCAGUAUCAGCCAUGGCGUCCGCACCGCCCCCAGUAUAGUGUGUAUAUAUAUAUAG